GUGAAAAAUACUAUUUUUAUAAAAAAAAAAAAUUAAAAAAUGCUUUAUUAGUGAAAAUUAAAUAAAAUUAAUCACAAACAUGGAUGAAUUACAAAAAUUGGAGCAUUUAUCCUUGGUGUCCAAGUUGUGCACUGAACUGGACAAUCACUUGGGUAUCAAUGACAAAGAUUUGGCCGAAUUUAUUGUAGAAUUGGAAGCGAAAAAUCCCACAUUUGAGGAGUUUCGCAAGGCUCUUGUAGAAAAUGGAGCUGAAUUUCCCGACUCAUUAAUUUCCAAUCUUCAGCGUAUUAUUAAAUUAAUGAAACCUUCGACGGGUGGAAAAGACUCAAAAUCCUUUGACGAUGAUGCAGGUGGAGCGUCAUUAAACAAAUUGUCCAGUAAAACAGAACAUUUGGCCAUGAUGUUUCCAGGUUUGGCAUUGGCAAAUGAUAAAUUCAGUAAAGUUGAUGCUCACUGUACGAAUUCAGCAUCUGAGGAGGAGGAAAUUGAUUAUGAGCCAGAGGAAAAAGAGGAAAAGGAGAAAAAGGAUGUAAAAGAAAAAAUACAUGAGGAAGCGUUGGAGGACGUGGAUGCGGCCAUGUUAGAACUUGAAGCCUUGGCACCUGGUAGUGAGCCAAAAACAACUAAGAGUGACAAGGAUUUAAAAAGGAAAAUGGAAAGAAGAUCUCGUUCCCGAUCAAAAUCACGUGAUCGGCACAGAUGCGAUAGGGUAGAACGAAAACGAGAAAAAAGUCGUGAACGUCAUAGAGAUAAAGACACAGUACGCAGUAGUGGCAAAGAUCGCUAUAGAGACAAAGAUCGUGAUAGACGUUCAAGAUCUCGAUCUCGUGAGAGACACCGACGUUCUCGAUCCCGUGAGAUAUCCAGAAGACACAGACGUUCUAAAAGCCGUUCUAGAGAACGACAAUGUGAACGCCGAAAACGUUCCAGAUCCAAAGAGCGUUCAAGGCGCUCAAACUCUAGAUCGAAAGAUAGUUCUAGAAGACGUUCUAGAUCCAGGUCAAGGGAUCGUUCUAGCCGCAAACGAAGAUCCCGUUCCAAUGAAACUAAAAUGCGUGAGAAAAUGCCUCCCCCAGCGGCCAUGGCAGAUGAUCCUGAGCCGGGCAAGAUAUACUCUGGAAAAGUAGCAAAUAUUGUACCCUUUGGUUGUUUUGUGCAAAUUUUUGGUUUACGCAAGCGUUGGGAGGGCUUAGUCCACAUAUCUCAGCUGCGUUCUGAAGGUCGUGUUACCGAUGUCACCGAGGUGGUGAAUAGAAAUUCGAAUGUCAAAGUUAAAGUUAUGUCAGUUGCGGGCCAAAAGGUCUCACUAUCAAUGAAAGAAGUCGAUCAGGAUACAGGCCAGGACUUGAAUCCUCUUAGUCAUGCUCCUCCACCAGACAGUGAACUAAUGGAUCGUAAUCCUGAUCGUCCAUUUGGAGGCGGUACAUCUCUGUUGAAUCUACAGGGCGGCGGUGAUAAUGACGAAGAUGAUUCUCGUAAACGUGUCACGCGCAUUUCCAGUCCUGAGCGUUGGGAAAUUAAGCAAAUGAUAAGUUCGGGUGUGUUAGACCGCAGUGAAAUGCCCGAUUUCGAUGAAGAAUCUGGUCAACUAGCCAAGGAUGAAGACGAUGAGGAGGAUAUCGAAAUUGAAAUUGUGGAAGAAGAGCCACCUUUCUUGGCUGGCCAUGGCAGAGCUUUACAUGAUUUGUCUCCGGUGCGUAUAGUUAAAAAUCCCGAUGGCUCAUUGGCCCAAGCUGCUAUGAUGCAAUCGGCUCUUUCAAAAGAGCGCAGGGAGCUGAAAAUGUUACAACGAGAACAGGAUAUGGAUGCUGUACCCACGGGACUUAGUAAAAAUUGGAUUGACCCUUUGCCAGAUGAAGAUUCCAGCCGUACUUUAGCGGCUAAUGUCAGGGGCAUGGGCUCAGCUCCCAUGGAGGUGCCAGAAUGGAAGAAACAUGUCAUUGGUGGUAAAAAAUCAUCGUUUGGCAAGAAAACCGACAUGUCUCUGGUCGAACAACGUCAGUCUCUGCCCAUUUAUAAGCUGAGAGAUGAUCUGAUCAAAGCCGUGACAGACAAUCAAAUUUUGAUUGUUAUUGGUGAAACGGGUUCGGGAAAAACUACGCAAAUUACACAAUACUUAGCAGAAUGUGGUUUUACUGCUCGGGGAAAGAUUGGCUGUACCCAACCUAGGCGUGUGGCUGCUAUGUCUGUAGCCAAGAGAGUGGCCGAAGAGUUUGGUUGUCGCUUAGGUCAAGAAGUUGGCUACACUAUACGUUUUGAAGAUUGUACCAGCCCAGAGACGUCCAUAAAAUACAUGACAGAUGGUAUGUUGUUGCGAGAAUGCCUCAUAGAGGCCGAAUUAAAGGGCUAUUCAGUCAUUAUGUUGGAUGAGGCCCAUGAACGUACCAUACACACAGAUGUAUUAUUUGGUCUGCUAAAAACUGCCGUACAAAAACGACCCGAAUUGAAACUUAUUGUCACAUCGGCCACGUUGGAUGCUGUAAAAUUUUCGCAAUAUUUCUUUGAGGCACCCAUUUUCACCAUACCCGGUCGCACAUUUCCCGUUGAAGUGUUGUAUACUAAAGAGCCGGAAACUGAUUAUCUAGAUGCUUCGUUAAUAACUGUUAUGCAGAUACAUUUGAGAGAGCCACCCGGUGAUAUCUUGCUGUUCUUGACGGGUCAGGAGGAAAUCGAUACUGCUUGUGAAAUUUUAUAUGAACGCAUGAAAAGUUUGGGUCCCGAUGUGCCCGAAUUAAUUAUACUGCCCGUCUAUUCUGCUCUACCCUCGGAAAUGCAAACGAGAAUUUUUGAUCCCGCACCACCAGGCAGUCGCAAAGUUGUUAUAGCUACAAAUAUUGCAGAAACUUCGCUGACAAUAGAUGGUAUAUUCUAUGUCGUAGAUCCAGGAUUUGUGAAGCAAAAAGUGUACAACUCUAAAACGGGCAUGGACUCUUUGGUGGUAACGCCUAUUUCACAGGCUGCCGCUAAACAACGUGCUGGACGCGCAGGACGUACUGGACCUGGCAAAACAUAUCGCCUGUACACCGAAAGAGCCUAUCGCGAUGAAAUGUUGCCCACUCCGGUGCCAGAAAUACAACGUACCAAUCUGGCCACCACUGUUUUGCAGUUGAAAACUAUGGGUAUUAAUGAUUUAUUGCAUUUCGAUUUCAUGGAUGCCCCUCCGGUAGAAUCUUUGGUAAUGGCUUUAGAACAAUUGCAUUCCUUGUCGGCCUUAGAUGAUGAAGGUUUACUUACUCGACUGGGACGCAGAAUGGCUGAAUUCCCGCUGGAGCCUAAUCUCUCAAAAAUGUUAAUUAUGUCGGUGGCUUUGCAAUGUUCGGAUGAAAUUCUAACUGUUGUCUCCAUGCUGAGUGUUCAAAAUGUUUUCUAUCGACCCAAGGAUAAACAGGCUCUGGCCGAUCAGAAAAAAGCCAAAUUCAAUCAAAUCGAAGGUGAUCACUUGACACUCUUGGCAGUCUAUAACAGUUGGAAAAACAAUAAAUUCUCUAAUGCCUGGUGUUACGAGAACUUUGUGCAAAUUAGAACCCUUAAACGUUCUCAAGAUGUGCGCAAACAAUUGUUGGGCAUUAUGGACAGACACAAACUGGACGUGGUAUCGGCCGGUAAGAAUUCAGUGCGCAUACAAAAAGCUAUUUGUUCGGGCUUCUUUCGGAAUGCUGCCAAAAAAGAUCCCCAGGAGGGUUAUCGUACUCUAGUGGACUCACAAGUGGUCUAUAUACAUCCUUCAAGUGCCCUCUUUAAUCGUCAACCUGAAUGGGUUAUUUAUCAUGAACUGGUACAGACAACAAAAGAGUACAUGCGUGAGGUAACCACCUGUGAUCCCAAGUGGUUGGUAGAGUUUGCACCCUCCUUCUUUAGAUUCUCGGAUCCUACGAAAUUGAGUAAAUUCAAAAAGAAUCAACGCUUGGAGCCGUUGUAUAAUAAAUAUGAAGAGCCUAAUGCCUGGCGUAUAUCAAGAGUACGACGUAGAAGAAAUUAAGUUGAAUUUAUGGAUAAAUAUAUUAACUAUAUAAAUAUAUAUAUUUUUAGUUUUUAAAAAGAUUAUUUUUUAUUUCAUAAAAAUGCUCUUAAAUAAACAUUUAAAAUGAUAUCAAA